GUUCAGUUGGAAGAACGCGGACGAUGACAAAGUGUUGCUGUUGCCGGAGAGCACGCUGUUACUGUUACGUCUUGUAGCCAUGACUUGCAUACACCCCCUGCAGCACGGUUCCUUCGACAACAACUUGGGUAACUUGGAGCCUCAGAGCUCGGACUUGUUCUCCAGGCUGCCGGUGGAUUUGGACACCCCGUGGGACCACCUGUGUGCCCAGUCCCUGCCAAGCAUCGGCUCAGUGGCGGGCACUCAGGCGGGAGACUGUGACGCCUACUCGUGCCAGUUCAAGCUGGAUGACCUCCAGGUUUACGGCUGCUACCCCAGCACCUUCAUGUUCACUUACCCGGAUGAGGCCGUCUCGCCUUGUGGCUACAAACAUUUCGCCAGCUCCGCAUCGCUCUCGACUCCUUCGACCCCCGGCUUCCAAAGUCAGCACGCUGCCGCCUGGAACUCUUACUCACCCAGUCCAGGAUACUGGGCGACUGAGGACAUCUCUGGACCGCAUGAGCCAUCGUCCUUCCCAUUUGGUUCAGGGACCGUGGAGGAUACGUCUCCUUUGGGACAACAUCACCACGACGCUCUCGCUGACACGUCCUCGCUCGCCGUGGAGCCGCCGUGUGGCCCAGAUGGCCCUGACCACAUGGAGGGGAGGUUACCACUCAAACUAAAAAGCCAGCGGGGGAACGAGGGCUCUUGCGCCGUCUGCGGGGACAGCGCCUCCUGCCAACACUACGGGGUUCGCACCUGCGAGGGAUGCAAAGGCUUUUUCAAGCGGACAGUACAGAAGAAUUGCAAGUAUGUUUGCCUGGCCAACAAGGACUGUCCUGUGGACAAGAGGAGGAGGAAUCGCUGCCAGUUCUGCCGUUUCCAGAAGUGUAUGGCUGUAGGAAUGGUGAAGGAAGUUGUGAGGACAGACAACUUGAAGGGCCGAAGAGGUCGCUUGCCCUCCAAGCCUAAAGUAGUCCAGGAAGCGUCGCCCGCAGUGUCUCCAGUGAGCAUGAUCGCGUCGCUAGUCAGGGCUCAGAUCGACUCAAACCCCAGCGAUGAACAACUGAAUUAUUCCAAAUACGAAGAAACGGAUGUCCGCGCAGACCAGAAAGAGGACGCUAGUGACGUCCAAGAUUUGUACGACCUGCUCACGGCCUCCAUGGAGGUCAUCAGCAAGUGGGCCAAGAGCAUCCCGGGUUUCUCAGACUUCUGCUCACCAGAUCAAGAGCUGCUUCUGGAGUCUGCUUUUGUCGAACUCUUCAUCCUGCGUCUUGCAUACCGGUCAAAUCCAGAAACGAACAAGCUGGUCUUUUGCAAUGGGAAAGUGCUUCACAAGAGUCAGUGCGUCAGAGGCUUUGGGGACUGGAUCGACUCCAUCUUGGAGUUUUCUGGAAGCCUCCAUCGCAUUAAACUCGACAUCUCCUCCUUCUCCUGCCUCACGGCGCUAGUCAUUAUCACAGAACGAUAUGGUCUCCACGAGCCAAAACAUGUGGAAGAUUUGCAGAAUCAGCUCAUCGGCAGCCUGAAAGAUCACGUGUCGGGCUGUCCCUCCUCACGGGCCAACUAUUUGUCCAGUCUGCUCGGGAAGCUGCCCGAGCUCAGGACACUGUGCACUCAAGGCCUCCAGCGCAUCUUCUACCUUAAAUUAGAAGAUCUGGUCCCCCCACCGCCCAUCGUGGACAGAAUUCUAAUGGAUUUGUUUCCGUUUUAAAUGGAAGGUGUGAGACAGCACGCAUGGAGUCAAAGACAAUGGAUGACCCAAAUCAAAGGGCUAGUUCUGAAUCCAGCUGUGUAUAUCUGGGAGAAUAAAAAAGCUUCUCACGGACCAAUUUGUUGACAGUUUUCCACUGGAGGCGCUAUGAAUGGAAUCUCCGAUAGAAGCAAAACGGACAUAUUGUCCAGGGUUGCAAAACUCAUGGGAAUUUUCAACCGCACAGGCUGUCUGUUUUCUUGAUUGUAGCUAUUUUUGUUGUUGGGACUAUUGCAACGUAGCCUCUGACAAAUGCUUGACGUCCACUUGAGGUCCAAGUGGUCCCCAUGAUAAUUAUUAGUAUCAUUCAUGUAUCAUGAAUGGACUUGGAGCAGCUAACAUACUGUGUCUUAUAUAUUGCUUUACAAAUGUGUCUGUUUUACUGGACAUUUUUCUGCACUUCAGCUUGAAAUAAAAUAUUUUCUGUUAUA